CUUAUGCGAGCUGAAUUGUUAUAUAUGUUGCACAGUGAAUCCUCCACUUAUAGAAAUUUAGAUCUGUUUGUUGUAAACAUUAUAAAUCAUCAGAUAUAUCUAUUUUACCAAAAAAAAUCAGAUAUAUCUAAAUAUUUACAUAAUUGUAGUUAUUGAAUGAUAUAAAGUACGAAAAAUAUGUGUGAAAGUGAAUGGUCCUGGCAGGCAAACAAACUUAGAAAAAUAAUCCACAUGUAUAUGUACAGUAUUACUCAUUUAGUCAUACACAACGCAACAAUUAAUAACACUCACAUGGUCUCUUUCACGCCCUCGCCCUCCUCCUCCCUCACUAUAUAUUUAUGUGUACUUCAUGUUAUUAGCUUGCACAAUCUUUCUAAAUACUCCAAAGGACAAAACUCACAAGGAUCAAUCAACGGCAAUAAUGGCGAGGAAUAAUCCAUACGUAUACACAAAGAUGGAAAAAGAAGAUCCCCAAGAGCUAAUUCACAGAAGAGCUCAGUUUAUUAUUCAGAAGGUUCUAGAACGGGCAGACAACAGGACAAGACAGCAGCACCAGAGGAAGAGAUCAUCUGGACCGUUGAUUAUAAUCAGAGUAGCUGGAAUAAGAAUGAGAAUCGGUAAGAAGCUAAGGAAGCUGAGGAAGAAUAAUAGUUGCCUUUGCAAAAAUCUUAUCUCUCGUUUCAUCAAAUCGUUUAAACGAUUGUUGUCGUCCUCGUCUUCUUCACGAACUAUCUCUGAUCUUCCUCCUCUAUUCUCUCUUCAAGUUUGAUGAUAUGAACUGUUUUUUGUUUUAAUAUUUUCCUAUAUAAUAUACUUCGAUUCCCUUCAACUAAUAAAUACACGUAAAUCAUGUUAUCUGUCGCAUUAAUUUUUGAUUUGGAGAGAAAUAUACAUGGUUUUUACACCAAA